CUCGCGAGAGAAAGCCAGCCGCGCGCGGCCAGCUCUGCCGGUGCGCUUCCUUUGGCGCGACGGGGGGUGCGUGGUCGAGAUGACGGCGGCCGUGCCGUGGGCGCUCGCCGCCGUGAGGAGGUCGCUGCAGGAGGGCGCCGCCAGCGUGGUCGAGAUGACGGCGGCCGUGCCGUGGGCGCUCGCCGCCGUGAGGAGGUCGCUGCAGGAGGGCGCCGCCAGCGCGGCGUCGUACGCGCGGCGAGCCCCGCACCCGCAGCAGCAGGGGGCUGCGGCGCGGCCCGAGGCGACCACGGUGAGGUCGGUCGAGACGCUGGUGGUGAUCGUCGCGGCGAUCGUGCUCGCCGCGGUGCUGGCGGGCGUCCUCGCGCGGGUUUGCGGCGGGCGGUACGUCGUGCCCAGCGGGGACGACCGCGACGUCGAGGGCUGGGUCGAGAGGCGGUGCCGGAGCUGCCUUGACAGCGGGCUUCCGCCAUCGCCGUCGCCGGGGCCGUCCAAGACGGGUGAGGCCAAAUAGCGCUCUGUGCAUUGUGUAUUUGUUUGUGUUACUGCAGUACUAGUAUAGUAAUACUAGCGUCUGUGUAGGCAUUGCUGCAGGCUGCUGCAAUGCAUAUGCAUGGUUCGUGUGUAAUUAAAACAGCUGGACAUCUAGCUCACUAGCUGCUACCUAUUUGUACACGAGAGUAGUGCGAGAUUAGAAUAUCAGGAUUAAUCCUCUUUGUAAUAUUUUUCUACAUAUAGAUUAGUAGCCGAGGCAGAGAACUGAUCGCUCGUGUCAUAA